UAAAUAAACCGUACGUGUUAAAGCCGGAAGCCGUACAAAAAAAGUUACUAGAUAUGAAUUUUUGCCGGCAUUGUUAAUUAAAAAUUAUUCUAAAUUUAAAUAUGAAAAUACUAAUUUAUUUAUUAUUAUUAAUACACAUUGUGUUAGCCAUCGAAUCAGAAGGCACAUGCUCAAUAAAAAAAGAACAAUGCUCAGCUAGAGCAUCCAAAUAUGAAAGAAAAGAAAAUACUCUUCUCUAUCAAAUUCAAUCAUCAAUAAAAGCCUAUUCACCAUGUCCAAAAGAUCCAGACGAUUCAUGUUCCUGUCACACAAAUGUAAUUGAAAAAGAUCUGGCGCCUUUUCAAUCUACCGGAAUUACAAAGAAAGCUAUAGAAACUAUGGGUACGUAUGGAACAAAGUACCAAAUUGUUGAUCAUACACUUUAUCGCCAAAAGACAUGUAUGUUCCCUUCAAGAUGUUCAGGAAUUGAGCAUUUCAUAAAACCACUUUUGAAAGAAUUGCCAAACAUGGAAAUGAUUGUCAAUUGUCGAGAUUGGCCUCAAAUUAGACGAGAUCAUGGUCCAAAAGGUCCUGUACUAUCUUUUUCAAAAACUAAUGAAUAUCUAGACAUUAUGUAUCCGGCGUGGGCAUUUUGGGAAGGUGGCCCGGCAAUUGCUCUCCAUCCAACUGGGAUUGGCCGUUGGGACAAACAUCGUAACUCAAUUUCGAUGGCUGGCAAAAAGUGGCCAUGGGAAGAAAAACUUGGCAAAGGUUUCUUUCGUGGUUCAAGAACUUCCGACGAGCGAGAUUCUUUGGUUCUUUUGUCGAGAAAAAAUCCCGACCUCGUCGAUGCACAAUAUACAAAGAAUCAAGCUUGGAAAUCACUCAAAGACACUCUUGAUGCCGAACCGGCAUCAGAGGUGACCUUUGAGGAUCAUUGCAAGUACAAGUAUUUAUUUAAUUUUCGUGGUGUGGCUGCAAGUUUCAGACUGAAGCAUCUCUUUCUUUGUAAAUCAUUGGUAUUCCAUGUGGGAAGUGAAUGGAAUGAGUUCUUUUAUUUUGCAAUGAAACCAUGGGUUCAUUAUAUACCUAUUAAAUCUUAUCCCACUGAACAGGAGCUGGAGAGUAUUCUAAUAUUCUUUAAAGAACAUGAUGAUUUGGCUAAGGAAAUUGCUCAAAGGGGAUAUAAAUUUAUUUGGAAUCAUUUGAGACUAACAGAUGUUCAAUGCUAUUGGAAGAUGUUAUUGACGGAGUAUGGAAAAUUGAUGCGGUAUGAGGUGGAGGUGGAUAAGAAUCUCAAGAAAAUUAUUUAAUUUAUAGAGCAAUGAGGAGGUUUGUAUUGCUGACAUUCCUUAGAUAUUUAUAAUUCGCCUUAUAGUAUAAAAUUAGACAAACCUUUUUUACUUGUUAAAAUAAAUAAACUUUAUACAUUCCAAAAAAAUACAAUUAUU